AUGUCAGACGACCGCAAACCCUCCGUGGUGCUUGAGGCCCACGAGGUCGAUACUUUCCAUGUUCCCAAAAUCUUCCACGACAAGCACCCCACUGGAACCCACCUGAAGGACCUCGACGAGUACAAGAAGCUUUACGAGGAGUCGAUCAAGAGCCCCGACACUUUCUGGGCCCGGAUGGCCCGUGAGCUUCUCACUUUUGAUCGCGACUUCCAAACCACACAUUUCGGCUCCUUCGAGAACGGUGACAAUGCCUGGUUCGUCGAGGGCCAGUUGAACGCUUCCUACAACUGCGUGGAUCGCCAUGCACUCAAGAACCCCAACAAGGUCGCUAUCAUCUACGAGGCCGACGAGCCCAACGAGGGCCGCACCAUCACCUACGGGGAGCUCCUGCGCGAGGUCUCUCGCGUGGCAUGGGUGCUCAAGCAGAGCGGUGUGAAAAAGGGCGACACCGUGGCCAUCUACUUGCCUAUGAUCCCCGAGGCCGUCGUGGCCCUGCUUGCCUGUUCCCGCAUCGGUGCUGUUCACUCCGUGGUCUUUGCCGGUUUCUCUUCAGACUCACUCCGUGACCGUGUCAUCGAUGCCCAGUCCAAGGUUGUCAUUACGACCGAUGAGGGCAAGCGCGGCGGAAAAGUGAUUGGCACCAAGCGUAUCGUCGACGAGGCCUUGAAGCAGUGCCCCGAUGUGACCACCUGCCUGGUUUACAAGCGCACCGGCACCGAGGUGCCCUGGACCCAGGGGCGCGAUCUGUGGUGGCACGAGGAAGUCGAAAAAUACCCCAACUACCUGGCCCCCGAGCCCAUGAACUCGGAGGACCCCUUGUUCCUUCUCUACACCUCUGGCUCAACCGGUAAGCCUAAGGGUGUGAUGCACACAACCGCCGGAUACCUGCUGGGUGCAGCGAUGACUGGCAAAUACGUCUUUGAUAUCCACGACGAUGACCGAUACUUCUGUGGCGGUGACGUGGGCUGGAUUACGGGCCACACCUACGUUGUGUACGCCCCGUUGCUGCUUGGUUGUGCGACGGUGGUCUUCGAGAGUACUCCUGCCUAUCCCAACUUCUCCCGUUACUGGGAUGUCAUCGACAAGUAUGAUGUCACUCAGUUCUACGUUGCGCCUACUGCGCUCCGCCUCUUGAAACGGGCGGGCGACGAGCACAUCCACCACAAGAUGAAGUCCCUGCGCAUUCUCGGCUCUGUUGGUGAGCCCAUUGCGGCUGAGGUGUGGAAGUGGUACUUUGAAUCCGUCGGCAAGGAGGAGGCUCACAUUUGCGAUACAUACUGGCAAACCGAGACCGGAUCUAAUGUGAUCACUCCACUGGGCGGUAUUACCCCCACUAAGCCCGGCAGCGCCUCCCUUCCCUUCUUUGGCAUCGAGCCUGCCAUCAUCGACCCUGUCUCCGGCGAGGAAAUCACUGGUAACGACGUCGAAGGUGUGCUGGCCUUCAAGCAGCCGUGGCCUAGCAUGGCCCGCACCGUUUGGGGUGCCCACAAACGCUACAUGGACACCUAUCUGAACGUGUACAAAGGAUACUACUUCACCGGAGAUGGCGCUGGUCGUGAUCACGAUGGGUAUUACUGGAUUCGUGGUCGUGUCGACGACGUUGUCAAUGUGUCGGGUCACCGUCUCUCUACCGCCGAGAUUGAGGCUGCGCUCCUCGAGCAUCCAAUGGUUGCCGAGGCCGCCGUCGUCGGUAUCGCUGACGAGCUGACUGGCCAGGCUGUCAAUGCCUUCGUUGCUCUGAAGGAGGGCAACGAGACAACGGAUCAGGUUCGAAAGGACCUUGUCAUGCAGGUGCGGAGGUCCAUCGGGCCUUUCGCUGCCCCCAAGACUGUCUUCGUGAUUGAGGACCUUCCCAAGACCCGCAGUGGCAAGAUCAUGCGCCGAAUCCUGCGGAAGAUCCUCAGUGGUGAGGAAGACAGCCUCGGUGACACCUCAACUUUGUCCGAUCCCACUGUUGUGGAUAAGAUCAUUGCCACUGUCCACGCCGCUCGGGCCAAGUAA